GUUUCCAGCCAUGUCCGAAGAGGAAGAAGUGUACGCGUUUGUUUCAUGUUUUACCUCUGAAGAGGAGGAGGUUGAGGAGGAAGAAGUUGCCGAAGGUGGCGAGGAAGAGCAUCAUGAAGACGAGCACCCUGCUGAAGAAGAAAAACCUAAAAGCCGUCCUCCACAACAAGAAGAAAAAGCGCCCGCGGAGAUGACGGAGGCAGAAGCUGCCAUGCUAGCUGCCAAGAAACGACAUGAAGAAGAGGAAGCGAUGAAAAUGCAAGAUUAUGAACAACGACGUCAAGCUGAGAGGGAGCGAAUCGAUGAGGAACUGCGUGAACUGAAGGAGAAACAAGAGAAGAGACGUGCUGAGCGCGAAGAGGACGAAAGACAGUUUGCUGAACGCCGACGUCAGGACGAGGAGCGCAGAAGGAAGGAAGAGGUG